CAACUCACCAGUCUGUCAAGCGCCUUUGCGAAAGCAACUGUUUACGCAUUUUCGCCUAUAACAACAAACUAGUUAUCUGUGCCUACAAUGAGUGCGAAGUUACUGGACGCUGAUCUUAUCCUCUCGGGAAACGAACAAUGGAUGAAGCUAGACCAAGAUUGGAAAGCCAUAGACUUAGAGACCGAAGAAGAACCAGCGAAACUGUCUCCAGUAUUCAGUACCUUGGACUUACGGAAGAGCACAUUCGAUUCGUCGUUUCUCUUCAAAAAGGUACGCAGGAAAGUCGGAAGAAAACUGUCGAAAAGGUCGAUGACGUCAGAGCUGGAUUACAAGGAGUUUCUUCACGACUUAGAAGAUGAAGCAAAGGACGAUAAACUGCCUCUAAAACAGUUCUACUUCAUCAGCGGCCAGAUCAUAUCAGCAUUGUCCGUGGAAGAAAUAUGCGAUAAAAUAGAUGAUAUUUUCAAAUCCGUCGAGCGAUUAUGCUCAGCCACCAGCACUAUACGGCAGAAGAAAAAACCGGAAAUGCCAAAAGUAGUACAGUGUAGUAUUUCCGAGAGUGAUAUCCUAGACCUCUCUUUUGAUGACACGAGAGAUUCAGAGAGAGAAAAAUGCGACGAAGAUGAUAUUGACCGUUAUAUAGACGAGGCAUUUGAACAAUUGAAUUCUACUAUAGCAAAUGUGACUGGUGACAAUUUCGAUUGUGAUGAUCAAUCCAGAGAAUCUGUGACCACUUUAGUGAGGAAAUUCAGCAGAAUUUUGAAGAGUCCAGCUGUGAACUGCAGCCCAAGAAGGCAGAGACGUUGUAACUCUAAGUUUCGGGACUUAGCGGAGUUUUGGCAAAAUAAAGUGCUUGAAGGUAAUUGUAAUUAAUAUUUUACAUUUACAUUUGUGGGUAGGUACUUGUGUACUUUGUAAUUUAUUAAUGUCAUUAUUGUAAUUUUAAUAUUCUAUUGUUUUAUUUAGUAAAAUCCUAAAAGAAUUGUUUUAAAGUUUGUUUUUAAAUAAGAAAAUAAAUUAUUACUGUUGUAAGAAA